CGCAGGGGAGGGGAGGUGGGCAAGAUGGCGCCCGGCGAGUGAUUCACCCCAGAUACGUCCAGCCGCCGCUGAGACACCAGGGCGGGGGGUCCCGCCCCCACUGCCGCCCUUCCUCCUCUCCCCCUCCCCCGGAGACCCCCUCCUACCCUUCCUCCCUCUACCUCGGGGUGGGGGUGGGGGAGCGGGCCUGGUUCCCGGGACACCAUGUCGGACUCUGAGGAGGAGAGCCAGGACCGGCAACUGAAAAUCGUCGUGCUGGGGGACGGCACCUCCGGGAAGACCUCCUUAGCUACAUGUUUUGCUCAAGAAACUUUUGGGAAACAGUACAAACAAACUAUAGGACUGGAUUUCUUUUUGCGAAGGAUAACAUUGCCAGGGAACCUGAAUGUUACUCUUCAAGUUUGGGAUAUAGGAGGACAGACAAUAGGAGGCAAGAUGUUGGAUAAAUCUAUCUAUGGAGCACAGGGAAUCCUCUUGGUAUAUGAUAUUACAAAUUAUCAAAGCUUUGAGAAUUUAGAAGACUGGUAUUCUGUGGUGAAGAAAGUGAGCGAGGAGUCAGAAACUCAGCCACUGGUUGCCUUGGUGGGCAAUAAAAUUGAUUUGGAGCAUAUGCGAACAAUAAAACCUGAAAAACACUUAAGGUUUUGCCAGGAAAAUGGUUUUAGUAGCCCCUUCGUCUCAGCAAAGACAGGAGACUCUGUCUUCCUGUGUUUUCAGAAAGUUGCUGCUGAAAUCCUUGGAAUCAAAUUAAACGAAGCAGAAAUAGAACAGUCACAGAGGGUGGUGAAGGCAGAUAUUGUAAACUACAACCAGGAACCUCUGUCAAGAACUGUUAACCCUCCGAGGAGCUCUAUGUGUGCAGUUCCGUGAGCGCACUUUACCUUUGUACCAGCGGUCCUGGCGGCCCUUCACCCCGUGUGGCCCGGGGCCUCUAGAAGCUCUGUUAUCAGUGGCCAUCUCUGUAGUGUUCAGUUAGCACUUUCCUCCCAGCUUCCUCGGCUCCUCGGCCUGGAUGGGACUCAACUUCGGGGCGACACACUUGGAAUCCAUUAGACUGCUUCACUGAAAAAGAAUAAUGUUGGUUCUCUUUACGUUCUCCUUCUUUUUUCUCCGAUGUAAACUUUUUUAGACAGAUACGGAAACUAUACAAGUCUUGAUCAGCAGCCAGGAUUUUGGCCCAGCACAGUUUCAUUCUCUUAUCUGAACUCCUACCUGGCAAAGUGCACUUCCGAGUGCAAACAUUUAAACAAGUAAUUUAUCUACAGGCAUUCUUUUGCUGUCUGUUGUGAGUGAAAAUAUAUAAAGUUGUAUUCAACUGAAAAUGCUUGAAAUAAAGCUGUAAUCUAUUUUUUCAUUUUUUUAAAAAGGGCCUAAAUUGCUUAUAUUGUUGCUGUAGCUCACAAAGUGGUGAGUAUUUGCUGUUGUAUUUUCAUUACUGUGUCAUGGUCAUUAUGUGUUGUGUGAUACUCAGGUUAGACGGCUUUCUGAAGUUUGAUAAGUGUUCAGCUGAUGUUUCCUCCAAACUGCAUAAGAGCACGCCCAGAACGAGUCUCAGCUGUUGUUGGAUCAUUGUGGAUCACACUGUACCUGAUGUUCAGAUGUUCUUCUGCAAAUAAACUUA